CUUUUGCUAUCCCUAAUGUUCCGUGAUCAUUUUUGCUUGAGGUUAUCAGCUCUCUUCUCAACCACCCGUUUGUUCGGAAAAGUAUCGGACCACAAUGGCGGCGGGUCUCAGCGAAACAGUAACAGCUCUUCCCUCACAACAACCCUACCAGUACUAGCCAGCUCGCUAGCUCCUCUCUCUUUUGUGUCGCAGGACCCAUACUUGACAAGCAUUAUCAUCAUACUGAAUAAGACAUCAUGGCCAAGUGCGUUUGUAUUGUCUACAAUGAAUCCACCUCGAGCAGUGUGGCCACAAGUGCAACCAUCAUGGGUAUGUUGACUCUGUCACAGGCAACUGAGGAUGCUCCUACUGUCAUCCAAGGCAAACUCAAGGGGCUCACACCCGGCAAGCAUGGAAUUCAUGUCUGUACCUAUGGAGACCUGUCGGAAGGUGCUUCUUCCUGUGGACCCAUCUUUAAUCCAUUUGGCAAAACUCAUGGACACCCCGACGACAUUGAUCAGCGCAUGGUGGGUGAUUUGGGCAAUCUCGUUGUUGGUGCAGGUGCUGCCGCCGAGGAAGGAGACGAAGCAGCAGCUGCAGUCAGUGAUGUUUGUGAAGUGAACAUCUCGGAUCCUAUGGUGAAAUUACUGGGACCACAUUCCGUUAUUGGACGAUCUUUGGUGGUUUAUGCAGGUGAAGAUGAUUGUGGCAGAGGAGGACAUGAAAACUCUCUGACAACUGGAAAUCCAGGCCCAAGAAUUGGUGCUGGAGUCGUAGGACUUACCUCGUCGUAGAAAGUAAAGCAAGACUAGGCAGGCAAUACCAAACAGCUGUAGAUGUCAAAUGGUAUUAGAAAGAUUAGCAGGGCUUGCGGAAU